AAAAGUGUGACAAAAAUGUUAAUUGGAACAAUGUGAUACUACAAAUUUGUGCCGUUUCUCCCUCUCACACUUUCCAUAAAAGACAAUCAUUCCUUCACAUGAACAAUCCUCAAUUCUCCUCCACUAAAUUUUUUUCUCCUACUACCACUAAACUCCAAACAACACCUUAAAUUUUCUACAAAUCCUUGUAUACUUUUCUUACUAUCUUUCUAAAAGUUCAUGUUUUUCAGCCAUGAAUAAUAACCAAAAUGAUGAAGAAAUUUCUAGCUCCAAAAAUUCUGUUCCAAGAUUAAAACUUUUAGAUUUUAGCCUUAGACUUUCUGUUAUUCCUCUUAGUGUUGCUUCUUUAUGUUUAACUGUAACCAACAAUGAAGAUAAUCCUGAUUAUGGAAGCAUUAAAUUCAUCAACUUUUCUGGACUCAAGUAUAUGUGCUGUGUUGCUGCCAUUGCUGCUGGAUAUGCUGUUGUUGCUGCAAUUUCAACUUGGAUUCGUUGCUUAGUUAACAAAACUUGGGUCUUCUUUGUCUCUGAUCAGGUGAUGGCCUACCUGAUGGUAACAUCAGGGGCAGCAGGAGCAGAGUUGAUGUACUUGGCAUACAAAGGUGAUGUUGAAGUAUCAUGGAGUGAGGCUUGCACUGCAUAUGGAAACUUCUGCACUAAGCUCAAAGUAGCACUGCUUCUUCAUUUCUUAGCUCUCUUUUGCUUCCUUAUUUUGGCUAUUAUCUCAGCUUUUAGGGCUUUCACUAUGUUUGAUCCCCCAAAUCCCAUUAAUACACAGGUAGAAGAAAUUGAAAGGACUUAAUUUAACCUGGUUUAAUCUCCAUGUAAUGCUUUGAAUUUUGACAUCUACUCUACUUUGAGUUGCUAGUAAUUGUUAUCCUCAAA